UUCUCUCCUUGGUCCCCCUGCCAGGCCUCUGGGGUCACCGUCUGUGACAAAGUCAUUCAGGUAUUCAACGACAUGAAGGUGCGCAAACAUGCCCCCCAGGAGGAGCAGAAGAAGCGCAAGAAGGCUGUCAUCUUCUGCCUGAGCGAGGACAAGAAGAAGAUCAUCCUGGAGCCCGGCAGGGAGAUCCUGGUGGGCGAGUUGGGAGACACCGUUGAUGACCCCUACCUGCACUUCGUCGGUAUGCUGCCCCCCAGCGACUGCCGCUAUGCCCUCUAUGACGCCACCUACGAAACCAAGGAGAGCAAAAAGGAAGAUCUGGUCUUCCUCUUCUGGGCGCCCGAGAGCGCUCCUUUGAAGAGCAAGAUGAUCUACGCCAGCUCCAAGGAUGCCCUCAAGAAGAAAUUUCCAGGGAUCAAGCACGAAUGGCAAGCAAACGGCCUAGAAGACAUUAAAGACCGCCAGAGUCUAGCGGAAAAGCUGGGGGGCAGCUGCGUCAUCAGCUUGGAGGGCAAGCCCGUGUGAGACCCCCCCCACGCCUCCCCUUCCCAGGUCCCCUGUCGUGCCAGUGACUCUGGAGCUUCCAUGUUAAUGGCCCCGUGCUACUGUUGGGGGUGGGGGGUUGGGGGUGGGGUGGUCCUUCCUUUUCUCGGUUCCAUUCCAAUUAUUAUUUUUUCUGCCUUCUCAUCUUCCCUGGCCUGGUUCUCUCUCUCCUCCUGUCUCAGCAGCUGGCUUGCAGCCUGCUGUUCAAAUUUGCCAAACGUGCUACAGCUAUUCCCCCCCCCCCCCCCCCCCCCCCCCCCCUCCCCCCCUCUCCCUCUCCCCCCCCCCCCCCUUUCAAACCCUUGAGGUGACAUUCCUAAAGGAGGGGCAGGGUCUCCAUCCCUCAGCCUCUUCCUUGGUUUCCUUUGGUCCACCUGCUUCCUCCAGUUCCCCUCCUCUUCCUCUCAUGGGUAGGGGGGGAUGGCGGUUAGCAGCCAAUGGUUGGGAUCGAUGGGGACCCUAAUUUCCAGAAUUAGUCCGUUUUCCAGUGUGUACAAAAAGAAAAGGGUUGUUUUUUUUAAAAAAAAAGAAAAGGGUUUCUGUACGUGUGUGGGGUUUUUUUUUUCCCUUCGAGAAAGUGUGGAAUGGCAACUGCGUUCCCCGCCCCUCUUCCCUGUGAUGACUUCCUCUCCCCAAGUUCCUUUCCUUAACUGCCAUAGUAGCUCUGUGCUUGUCUGUAGUACUGUGUACAAAUAAAAUAUUGUGGAAAACAGUUGCACCCACCUCUAUGUUGGGGGUGGAAUUAACAAACUUUAUGGAAGCAGUACCACCAAGAACCUGAAUUCAGUAAUAAAAAAAAAAAAUGCUACCU